UCAUCAACAGCCACAUGAAUGAUAAGAUUAUCGAUUUGUCAGUUCGAUUAGUUAUGUUUGAUGUUUGAUGCGCUUACUUUUGUGAACACACUUAGCUAAGCUUUUACAUUUGCCGCUCUGAUUGUUGAUCUAGCGCGCUAGGCAUUAUUACCUAUCGAGAUCCCGGAUAAGAGCAAAAUUUGUUCGAAAUCCUACUAGAUGAAGCUUACAGAACACGUUCUAAAAUCUUUUAAAGUUGCAAAAGUUUUUCGAGAAAACUCAGGAACUAUUAAUUGCUUAGACUUCUGGCCGACUGGUGAAACUCUCAUUUCCAGCAGCGAAGACGACUCGCUAGUCAUCUACGACUGCAAAGAUGGAAAGCCCAAAAGGACUCUCAAUAGCAAAAAGUAUGGCUGCGACCUUAUUCGCUACACUCAUGCUCCAAACGCUGUGCUUCAUGCGUCCAACAAGACUGAUGAUACAGUGCGAUAUUUAUCUCUACAUGAUAAUAAGUAUCUGAGGUAUUUUCAGGGACAUACAAAACGUGUCACAUCAUUGGAUAUGUCACCAAUUGAUGACAGCUUUAUAUCAGGAUCAGUUGACAAAACAGUUCGCUUAUGGGAUUUAAGAUCACCCAACUGCCAGGGACUAAUGUAUCUGAACCAAGCUUUAACACCUCCAGUGGUCUCAUUUGAUCCAGAAGGUCUUAUUUUUGCUGUUGGAAUGGAUUCACAACAUGUUCGUUUGUAUGAUCUCCGUUCGUUUGAUAAGGGUCCAUUUGCAACUUUUCGAUUGGUCAGAGAUCCUGCUGUAGAAUGGACUUCAUUGAAGUUCAGUAGAGAUGGGAAGCUGAUUCUUUUGUCUACUAAUGGGAGCAAUAUGUACAUGCUAGAUGCCUUUCAUGGAAACAUAUUGCAGACAUUUGUGGGUCAUUUGAAUACAAAGAAGCUAAAGCUUGAAGCAUCUUUUACACCAGAUGGACAGUUUGUCUUGUCAGGCUCUCAAGAUGGUAAGGUCCAUGCAUGGUCAACAGAGCAUGGGCACAGAGUUGCUGUUCUGGAAGGAAGCCAUCCUGGACCUACAUAUUGUGUGCAAUUUAAUCCAAGGUCAAUGAUGAUGGCAACUGCUUGCUCAAAUGUGGGAUUCUGGUUGCCUACAGUUGAAGAAGAGUGAUGGUGACCGAAAUUUGUGAAUUUACUCUAAAUGGAUAUACAAUAGUAGUUCAGCUGUAACUAAACAGAUUUGUUUAAUAUGUAUUGCAGGGUUUUCUCCAAAUUUGUAUUGAUUCGAAUUGAAAAUGUAACCAGUGCAGUGUUAACUAUGAUAAUUAUUACUGUGCUUGCA